UCUGUGUGCAUGUUACUUGUCAAAAGUAUGGCAACUCUCAUCAAUGUCAGCUGUAAACUGCGAACCCGCAAGUAGUUUUGUAGCCCACAAUGCCCGAGUGAUGGCUGGACAGUUGUUAUCGUUGCAAACUGUUCCGUGCAGUCAGUGUACAUUUGGGUCUUAAAACAUGUAGAUGUUCGAUGUUGAAGUCGAAGUAAAUGACUGCAAACAGUUUUCAGUUUUAGAUAAGAUCAGUCAAGUCUGUGCAGUGAUGUGUUGUUAAGUGGACGAGAUUCACAGCAUGGCUGCCAUGAAGCCCGAAGCGUCCACUUCAGUGUCCUCAUCGCGGAUACUGACCAAAGCUGUUGUCAAGAGUAACAGGGAUGACAAGAGUAGUGUGGAUCUCACCGAAUUUCUCUCCUCAGAGUACGAGAGCUGCAUGAUGUGUCAGGGAUUUUACGGGCGUAGUUUUGGUCAACCAGUCUGCAGCACUUGUCACAUCUUUCUUUUCAUCACUGACAUCAACAAAGAUGAGGAAGGUGAAGGUGGAGAGGAAUAUAAAGAGAAAGCUGAUUCUGACGACUCGGGUAAUGAGGAGCCUGACAUGGCUGCAGAUUUCUACAUGAAGCCUGAGAGUCGCUCCAAGGUCCUUCGUUCCGGCUCUCACAAGAUGGACAAGCUGGCAGAAAGGAUAAGCUCCCUGACCAUUCCCAGAGACACGGAAAAAGAAGCAGUACCCGAGGGUCUGGUGGACUCGCUACCCCCUGAAGUGCUACUGGUAGUGUUCAAUUACCUGGAUGAUAUCUCACUAUGGACAGCUGGAAAUGUCUGCCAAAGAUGGAGGCAGAUCUUGGAAGGGGAGACAACUGAGGAUCAGUGGAAACACUUCAUCUGUCUUAGAUGGCCCCUUUUCCGACCUCAGUACAGAGUCAGAUGCUGGAGGACUGUCUAUGCUAAACUACUUGAGAGCUCCCCGUGUAGGUACUGUUUGGAGAGCAUGAUGUUACAGAGCACACCCCCUAUAGAGGAGAACUCCUGGCGACAUCGAAGACUGAGGAGUGAACUUAAGACUCUGCGGACUGACCCCCCAGAGGGCAUCCAAGCCACGCCCCUUGACAGGCACUGCUGCCACUGGCAGGCAUCAAUCACUGGCCCUCAGGGAAGCCCUUACCAAGGAGGACUCUUCUUACUUUACCUGCAGAUUCCAGAGAGUUAUCCUAUGAGGCCUCCCAAAGUGAGAUUCAUCACAAAAAUCUUCCACCCCAAUAUCAGUCGUCACGGUGAUGUAGGGCUGGACUCCAUUCACCAUAACUGGAGCUUGGCAUUAACGAUAUCCAAAGUUCUGAUCAGCAUACAGUCUCUGUUAACGGACCCCUACUGUAAAGUGUGCAUGGAGCCCUCAAUAGGCCAGCUUUUCACAAAACACCGUGCAGAGUUUGACAGGAUUGCGCGCUUGUGGACAUGGAAGUAUGCCAUGCAUGACUAUCUACCACCUUGUGAUAUUAACCUCACCUGGCUCUAGCUGAUCCAAGAGAGUUUCAGCUGGUAGAAUAUAAUCAGACUUCUGUUUUACAACGUGAAAUAUUCUGUAAAUUCUACGUUGUGUAAUUAAACUCUUUAUAUGUUGGAUGAUGAAUGACGUCGAUCUGAUUUAACUGACAAGGUGGGAUGUGGAGAGAGAGCUUUAUAUCCACUUCCAGAGUUGGUAAAGGGGAGAUAAGUAGUCUGGCUAGAUAACAGCUUUGGAGGAGUUAUUUCCCCUAGUGCUCCUGGACCCAGAAUUCAGUCCCUCUUGCCAGAGUGUGUCCGACCUUGAGGAAAAUUUGCUGCCAUACCUAUUUUCCCCAAUCAAACACCAAACGGUAUGAUUGCAUUUUUACAACAUUUAAUCACUCUCAGCUUUAUUUAAGUGAUAUAGCUGUCAUUUGUAACAUGUUCAUAAUUUCUAUUUUUGUGACCUUGACACUUAGAAGGCCACAGCUUAUUAGGAGGUGUGUAAGAGGAGAGCAUCAAUGAAAUAUGAAUUUACGAUGGAAUAAAUAAACAGGAACAUGACACAAAGUAAGGAAUAUGAUCAAAAUCAUUGUAGCGAAUGAAAGUGUUUGGCUACCCAUAGUCUUUACAUCAUCUGUCAUUAUUGCCAUUAACAAUU